GGCUGUCACAAUUAACUUGUAAUCCGUUACCCCGCAUAGAUUGGUGGGCCUGCUUGCUUCAACCCUGAUUUCGCGACGGAUUUGACUCAGCAGACUGUAGGCAGAGCUUUGCUUGUGCCGUUACUCCGGAGCACCUUUUCCCUAGCAUUCAAAUCUCAGUCAAGCUUGACCGUGUGGUAGCAGAAGCAAGUCUACACAAGAAUUUCCUCACCUGUCUUUUCUCGUUGCAACCUUGAUCCCAGUCUCAUUUGAUGCUCUGUUUCGCUACACGGGUCCAAGGCCUCAGCCCAUAAGAAAAGCCACUCGCAAUGCUAGCGAGGGAAUUCAGGCGCGUCGUCCUCAUCAUCGGCCCGUUUAUCUUCCUCAUUUACGUUGGCAUCCGCUGCCUCGACUCCAGGAACUCUUUAACUGUGUUCGAUCAUUGGUACGAUUACGUCUUUGCAACAAAUUGGAGACAGAAAGAUGAACUCAAGCCUCACCAACAACUGCUGCCCUCGGGCUCGGCGACUCAACCAGGAAGCAUGAUUGAAGUUGAAUCUCCUAUAUCAGCAAGGAAAACAUAUCACGAGAUAUUUUCAGCAUCAGCAGUGGACAGAAAGUUCUUUCCUAUACGUUUUGGCCAAGAAGAAGCCAUCAACCCCAAUGUCUUGCCCCAUCCUAAUCUCGACAACACAUUCAUCAUCGUUGCACAAAAGAUCAAAACAGACAAUACACCAGAGUUUUUGGAGCUGGUUUGCAAUGCAGUCUUUAUGUUGGGAGGGCUGACCUGCGUUGGGCCGUCGUCCGUCCUCCCUAUUACCGCUACAAAAAGUGGCGACGGCAAAUGCCCCACUCAGUUGGCCUAUAUGGCUCUCAAUGUCGGACCUCACGAUGCGCGCGUCUUUUAUGCUCCAAAAUCUCCAUUUAUUAUUUUUGGUUCUAACUCAAAGUUCGCAUGCUUUGGGCAGUUUAUACAAGACUUUCGCAAACUCGGAGACUGGGGCUUUGAAAUGGGGUUGGACUCAGGCUUUGCCAUCGGCACAGAGCUUCAGCGUCCCCCGCCCUGGGGCACAAUAGAGAAAAAUUGGUUUCUUUUCUGGGACGAGGAUGGAGCGGCCUACAUUCACCAAGACGUCUCACCAAAACGGGUAUUUGCCAAACUGAACGCGGAUGGCUCGGUGGGGCCAGACCUUGCGCCCUUGGCAGCUGGGGACGAGGCGUGUCUAAGCAAGUACAUGCCAAAGCUACCACCGGAUCUGGAGUCCAUACAUCAGGCGACCAACUCACUCAGUAUCUCGUUUUGCAAAAGGAGUGACCUGACGUGCAAGGCCACCGGCGACAACACGUUUUUAUUUACAGUGUUUCAACACAAGACGUUUUACCGCUUUCAUAGUGAAUAUGAGCCUUAUGUCAUGGUGUUUCGGCAAAGGGCGCCCUUUGAAGUAUUUGCAGUGUCCAAAAAGCCAAUUUGGAUUCAUGGAAGGGAGGAAAGGCUUGAUGGAGGCACUGACAUGUUUUACGUAACAUCUAUAAGCUGGAAACGAAGGGAUCUGAGACACCAUGGUUUCCUAGACGACGUACUUUUUAUUUCGUUUGGAAUUGAGGAUCAACGAAGCGGCGUCAUUGACGUCCUUGCGAUGGACCUACUGGCGGAUCUUGGAGCAUGUUUGUAGACUUGACGCUCACAAUAGGACUGGGUGGCUCGCAUUUGCCGCUCUAUACACAGAACUUUGGCGACCAAUACUGAGAUG